UUUCAAAACCCUUUAUCUUCGCACUAUUUUCUUCUUUCCCUCUCUCCCUGUUAAUGCCGUGUUCGCGGGUUUUAUGGGAGGUUUCUGAAGCACACCCAAGGGUUUUUCAUUCUACUUCGAAGAUCAUUUUGCGCUCUCUUCUUCUCUUCCCCAUUUCUCUUUCACAGCCGAUUGAAGAUUCGAUCUCUCUUCUUUUCUCUUCCCCUCUCUCUCUCUUUUUUUUUUUUUUUUUUUAAAUCUGUUUUGUUCAUCUCCGUUCGGAUAUGGUCUCUGGUUCGCGGUUGGACGGUGGAACUCAAAUAAUUUCUGCUGGCGUCCGGAAAACCAUUCAAUCAAUCAAAGAAAUUGUUGGGAAUCACUCCGAAGCCGAUAUCUAUAUCAUGCUCAAAGAAACCAAUAUGGACCCUAACGAGACGACACAGAAAUUGUUAAAUCAAGAUCCGUUUCAUGAGGUGAAGAGGAAAAGAGACAAGAGGAAAGAGAACACAGGUUAUGCGAGUUCUGUAGAGCCAACAAGACAUAUUGUUCAUGUUGAGCAACGGAUGAAGUCUCAGUCAUUUUCAGAUCGUAAUAUUCGUAGGGGAGGUUAUGCUCGGAAUUCUGUUCCUGAUGCAGGAGUUAGCCGAGAGUUUCGUGUUGUGAGAGACAAUAGAGUGAAUCAAAAUACAAACAGGGAAACAAAGCCUGAAUCGCUUCAGUGGACAACUUCCACUAAUGAGCAAGUGACCCUGGCUGUUCCUGGAAAGAGUUCAACUGCGAUUGGGACAGAGCGGAAGCCCUCAGGUGCUAAAAACUCAGAGUUGCAGAAGCCAUCUCAAGCUUUAAAUGGGAAGUCUGAUUUGGGCCGAAGACACGCUGAAGUUGCUAAUUCAAAUGGCACUCCAAGGCAGGGAUUUUCUGGUGAGGCAGGGUCAAUAAUCUCAAACUCAGCAGCACGGGUGCAGGGAUCUGGGACACAUGAUUCUCAAUCUUACUCUGUAACGCUAGCAUCAAGCAACUCUGUGGUUGGAGUUUAUUCGUCUGCUACCGACCCUGUUCAUGUGCCUUCUCUGGACUCCAGAUCUUCUGUUGCUGUUGGGGCCAUCAGACGUGAAGUUGGGGUGGUUGGUAAUCGCAAACAGGCUUCUGAAAAUACUGUUAAACAAUCAUCUGGCACAGGCAGUUCUUUCUCAAGUCCGGUUUUGGGAAAGGAACUUCCUGCGUCAACGGAAUCAUUUCAACCUGCUGCUGUUAGUCAGUCAAGUGCUCCUGAAUCUGUUAUGUCUAGCAUGGCUGUUAGCAGAUCUUUUGUGAGCAACCAGUAUUAUAGUAAACCACAGCAGCAAGUUGUUGGUCAUCAGAAAGCUCCCCAGCCAAAUAUGGAAUGGAAACCAAAGUCCUCUCAAAAGUCCAACCCUGGAGUAAUUGGAACUGCUGCUCCUAUCUCACCCUCUGCUAACAAUUCUUCAGAGUUAAAAUCAGAAGCAGCUCACUUGCAAGACAAGAUAUUGCGAGUUAACAUUUCUGAUGAUGAGCAUGUAAUUAUACCCCCGCAUCUUCGUGUCCCUGAGGCUGAUCGUACACAGCUGACCUUUGGCAGCUUUGGAGCAGGCCUUGAUUCUAUGAGGGGCUUUGUAUCUGGGUUCAAAGAAGGUGGGAGUGCAGAAGAAUCAAAUGGGGAACUUUCAGUGAGUGCAUCAUCAUCAAUCCUUGAGGCCUCCGGUGAAGAUGUUUCUGGUGGAUACCAAAUAGAAUUAGUGGAUGACCAAGCUAAUUCUGGCUCUGAUUCUCCAGCAUCAGUUGCAGCUUCUGAGCAUCCAUUGCCUGACAUGAAAGAGUCUUCAUGUCCCCUGACUCUGGAGAGCUAUGCAGAUAUUGGACUGGUUCGAAAUGAUACCCCCCCUUUCGCUUCUGCUGAACAACAGCAGCAAGAGGAUCCUCCUGGAUUGCCGACUUUUUCGGCAUAUGAUCCGCAGACUGGUUAUGAUGUAACAUUUUUCAGACAAACUAUAGAUGAGAAUGUACGGGGGGAGGGUUUACCGUUUCCUCAGGAGGCCUUGAGUUCGCACAUAGCCAACAAUAUCCCUGCAUCAACAGUGGCAAUGGUCCAACAGCAGCCCAUGACACAGCUGUAUCCCCAAGUUCAUGUCUCCCAUUUUCCAAAUUUUAUGCCGUACCGUCAAUUCCUUUCUCCGGUGUAUGUUCCACCAAUGGCUGUGCCUGGUUAUUCUAGUAAUGCUGCCUAUCCUCACCCCUCAAAUGGCAGCAGUUACCUGCUGAUGCCAGGAGGGAGCUCGCAUCUCGCUGCUGGUGGCCUGAAAUAUGGUUCCCAGCAAUAUAAGCCUGUCCCUGCUGGCAGUGCCACAGCAUUUGGAAACUACACAAAUCUUGCUGGAUAUGCUGUCAAUGCUCCUGGAGCAGUCGGGAGUACGACUGGACUAGAUGAUUCGACCAGGAUCAAAUACAAGGAAGGCAAUCUCUAUGUUCCAAAUCCACAGGCGGAGACGUCCGAAAUAUGGAUUCAGACCCCAAGAGAUCAUCCUGGUUUGCAGUCAGCACCAUAUUAUAAUGUACCUGGACAAGUGCCCCAUGCUGCAUACUUACCCUCGCACACGGGCCAUGCUUCCUUCAAUGCUGCAGCAGCAGCACAAUCAGCACAUGUGCAAUUCCCUGGCUUGUAUCAUCAUCCUCAGCAACCCGCUGCCAUUGCCAAUCCUCACCACAUGGUCCCAGGCAUGGGCGGCAAUUUGGGAGUUGGGGUUGCCACCCCAGGGGCUCAAGUGGGAACAUAUCAGCAACCUCAGCUUAGUCACCUCAACUGGACCACAAAUUUCUGAAAAGGUGGCAGUUGGAUCCCCCCUUAAUAAGGGAUUGAUGUUAGUUAUGGGAGUUACUCUUUGUGAAAUUAAAUGGACUUCCUAUUUAAUGCAUGCAAAGUUCUUAUA